UUAUUUGUCUCAGACGCCGCUGAAGUACGUACGUCCAAAGGGAGGUGAAUGGCCCUAUUUAAAUUUUCAUACGGUCUAAUUUGAAUGCGAUUUUUUUUUUUUUAUCAGAAACUAUGAGCCGACCCAGUCUUCGAAGGUUGUUUUCCGCUUGCGAUGUAAACAAGUCCGGAAGGAUUGAGUAUGAGGACUUCACAGUGGUCUGCAGGGAGCUUAGCGUCCCGAACACUGAGGUCCAAACUCUGUUCGAUAAGUUCGGAGCUUGUGAGGACGGCUACAUCGACUACAGCCGGUUUUCCUCCAGGUUUCAGGAAGUUUCAGAGACUCUCAACUUGGCGUCAUUUGGCGCAGGAGCAGCCCCUACUCCGUGGGAAGAGUUUGUGGCCAGGAUAGAUGAGGAGUUUGUCCUCUCUGAGAGUCUCAGGGAGCAGCUGGCUGACCUUUACCAGGCCAUUCACUUCUCUGCAAACACAACUCUUCUGCAGGCGUAUGAGGAAACCAUCCGCUCCCUUGUCAGUCUAAGCCUGGAAAACAAACUAGUGAGUGAACAGUUGGAGACCAGUUUGAAGAGAGCUGAAGAGUUGAAUACUAGUCGGCUGGCAGAGCUGGAGGACGACAUUCAGCAACAGUUAGCCCGAGCAGAGGAGCGGGCCAGAGACGAGGAGCGAAAGAAAAUGGAAGGAAUCAUAGCAACCAUGCAGAGGAAACACAACGAAGAGAUUGCAGAUCUGCAUGCCACAGCUGAUCAACUGUUAAUGAACCAGGAGAGCUCUGAACUAAACCACACAAAAGAUGAGGUGAUCAAACUGAACAAACAGAUCAGUGAUCUCUUGCAGGAAAAUGAGCAGUUGCGAAGUUCUCUGGUGCAAAACCAGACAAACAUGGCUGUACUCCACUCUGAAAUGGACAAGCUGAAGAACAUGUUUGGAGAGCAGAAAGCCCAGCAUGAAAGAGAAGCAGAAGUAUUAAAAAAGAUGUUGACAGAAUAUCAGUCGUACUCUAAUCACAUUCAGAUCCUCCAGGAAAUGAACAAGAAGCUUUAUGACAGUAAUGAUGGACUGCGCUCAGCUUUAGCCAGUCAAAUGGUUGCAGCUAAAAGGAGGCUGAAUCCUCAAGACAAAAUCCCUGCCAGGAGAAUGAAACCUAUUCGACAGAGCACACUCAAUCAUGGCAGAUCCGAGCAGAACCCCAGCAUCUUCCGUGUGUCCACCUGGGCUGACCGGUACUUGGACAGCGGCUUGCCAAUGGACACGGUUGAGAGCUCAGCCAGUGACUAUGAUACUGACGACAGCAUGAGCUCUGUGGAAACCGUGCACCACAGUUACUCGUCCAUCCCAUCAGACAUAGAGAUAUCAGAGGUUAGGUCCGAGGCCGCAGUCUCUGUAGCUCCCAGCCAAACCAGCUCCAUCUCCUCAUCCCUGCGAAAACGCUUGUCUGCCUUUCCCACCAAGCAGUUAGGGGACAACAUCACAGUGACAGAAGGUCCUUCACCAGUGUACCGUGUUGUUUUAGCAGGAGAUGCAGGAGCUGGAAAGUCCAGUUUUCUGUUGCGGUUGACAGUCAAUGAAUUUAAAGCAGACAUUCAGACAACGUUAGGUAUUGAUUUCCAGAUGAAGAAGAUGCAAGUGGAUGGAGAGACAAUGAGUCUUCAGAUAUGGGACACGGCCGGUCAGGAAAGGUUCCGUAGCAUUGCCAAGUCCUUUUUCCGUAAAGCUCAUGGAGUCCUGCUGCUUUAUGAUGUUACCUCAGAAAAGAGCUAUCUGAACGUCAGAGAGUGGAUAGAUCAAAUUCAGGUAUCUGCAGCUCUGGAGUCUGCAGAUGAAAAAAUUCCCUUUUGUGUUGUCGGAAACAAGGUGGACCUCCGGGAGCAACUUCCUGAGGGAAGCUGCGUUUGCAGCUCACAUGGAGAAAAGCUGGCCAAGGCGUAUGGCGCCAUGUUCUGUGAAACGAGUGCCAAAGAAGGAACCAACAUUGUUGAAACUGUGCUUCAUCUAGCACGAGAAAUAAAGAAAAAUGGCAAAUUGAGGUGGGAGUCAGAAUCUCGGAUCAUAUUGAAUGAAACUCUCCCGAAGAAGGUUGUUAAAGGUUGCUGUGGACUGUAAAUAUGAGGACAGAACAUUGAAGAAUGUCAUGGUGCUUGUAUCUCAAAAAGGAACAACAUUAAGCUUGUUUACAUUUGUUUUUAUUUUAUUCUAUUUCACCUCUUAACUGUAAACAUAAUUUUGUGAAGGGUUACUCUUUGGUCAAAAUGAAGGUUUUUGUAGUAAACUGCACAUGUAUAAAUACAAAUUCACAUCAUGCAUUUUGUCAAAAAUAUUUAAGCUUUUAUAUUUAUUUGGAAAUGGAUAACCUGAAUUUGGAUUUAGCCUAAAUAUAUUUAAUAAUUUUAAGAGUUUUGUCAAAUGUUUUUGUUCAAAUCUCCCUUUGGAGUCAGGACUGUAAUGCUAACAGAGAUGUAUUCAUUUAGAGGAUUACAUUUACCGACAUCUCCUUCAAUA